UUUACUCGCAAUGAAAAUUGUUUGCUAGAUUUACCCUGCAAUUAUCAGAUGGAUGCAGGAAGAGAAUAUACAGAAUAGGGUAAAAUAACAGGAAAGAGAGUGAUCUAAGGCCAGUCCAUGGAAAGGAGAUGAAUGGGGAACAGAGGAAGGAAGGUUGAGCAAGAGGGGUCCUCUGUGAGGGUAGAAAGGGGUAAGGAUGUGUGAGUCAGUCGUCUUGAGAUGGUCUGCAUUCCACACCACACACGGUGUCUGAUAUUUAGUCAUACAGCUUUGUAUCUCCUGUGUGUUUAAAUGUAAUCCUGCACUCUCACACUGACUCACUCCUGGUUGUUAUCUUUAGCGUGUACUGUAUAUGUAUAAAAUAGUCAGCAUCCUGUUUAGCCAUCUCUACCAAGAAAACCUAAUCUUGUGUCUGAGAUGGAGAGAGUAUCUUGAUUGUAUGAGAGUUGGCUUUUUUAGGGUGUUCAUGUGUGUUCAAAGAGAGGCAGGAAAUGAGGCAGGGUGUGUCUCUCACGAGACUGCAUUAGACCUGGGUUGAUGAUGUACAUUGUCUGGAACACCCUGAUUUGAGUUAUAUAUAUAUAUUAGCUAUACAGUAUAAGGAUGAAUUUUUGUAAUAAUCCUAUAAAUUCCGAAGAUGUUGCCUAGCUGUUUGUGUGCAUGCUCUGACAUGUUAAUGCAUGGCUCAAGUUUGAAUCCAGCAGCAACAUUUCCUUAUGACAUUCCCCCAUUUCUCCACAUAAUAUUUUGUCAUCUCCUAACUGUCCCUUUAAUAAAAAGCAUCUAAAAGCAAACAUGUUGAACUAUAUAAGAAAAGUACUAGUUCACUAAUUUUGAGUGGACUAAUUGUGAGUGGAUAUGAACAUGUGAUCUUCAGGUUUCUUCUGUUGUGGUAAGUGCCAAAUAAAAUAUUUUAUACUUUGCCAUGAUCAUGGGUUAAAUUUGCAGGGAACACAAACUGAUGAAAUGCCUUGAAUGGACUAAGUCACUUUGGAUAAAAGUGUUUGCCUAAUGCAUGAACGUAAAUAAAAAUGCAGUCCAGCAACACAACAUGCAAUAGCAUUUGGUGGAUGGAUGGACUUUUAGUUACUCUAGUUUAUUCUGUAAUAUACAUGUAAAUACAGGGUGAUUUUCUUUCACUUUAUUCAGCUUUCAUCUGCCUUGCUAACAGUAAUGCUACUGUAACUCUCAUUUAAGUGUGAAUUUGAAUAUCCAUGGCAAAUGAUGCUCCCUUUCACUUGUCCCAAAAAUGUAUAAAAAGUGAUGACAAAAGCAGACACUGUUUAUCUUUCCAUUUCUCAGAGAUUACAUAAUAUACGUGUUCAGUCAGACAUCUGGUGGGGUUACAUAAGAACUCAGAGAGAGCUUUCACUUUCUGCCCAGGAGGGUAAGGGGUGUGGGUGUGUUUGUGUGUGAGAGAGGGGGAAACCAUUGUUUGUUGGUCUAAAACCAGAACAAAGUCACUUUCAGUUGUUCAGAAGUAAAAACGGUGUUUUUAAAUGCUGUUAACUGGUUAAUAACUGGUUAAUUUUGUUCCGAUAAUUUUUUUUAUUGAAACCAAAGACCAAUGAGUUUAUUACAGUAAAUUUUCGGAACCAAACCACUUCCUGUUGCCCAAAAAAUGGGGCUUCACUCUUUUUAGUAGAACACAAGCACAUGCUUUGAUUCUGAAGGAAGCUGCUGCAUCAGACAUUUCUUUGCCUAAUUGCAGGUUGAGGAUGUUGCCUUCCAUGACAUUCUGAAGACCUUUUUGACAUGCUGCUUGACCUGAGCGACCUUCUGCAGGUGAAUGUGUAUGUUUUGGGAAGAACCUUCCUCGUUUUAGCCAGAGAGCUGUGCAUCAAUGCACCAGCUAUUGAUCCGUGUCUUUAUAUUCCACGUUUUGCACAAAUGCUGGAAUUUGGAGAGAAGAGCCAUGAGGUCUCGAUGACAGCACUGCGUCUCCUGCAGAGGAUGAAGAGAGACUGGAUGCACACGGGACGAAGGCCUUCGGGCCUCUGCGGAGCAGCUCUCUUGGUUGCCGCUCGUAUGCACGAGUUCUGUCGCACAAUUAAGGAAGUGAUCAGUGUGGUGAAAGUGUGUGAGGCCACACUAAGGAAAAGGCUGAAUGAGUUUGAGGAUACACCCACCAGUGAGCUGACUAUUGAAGAGUUCAUGAGAGUGGAUCUGGAGCAGGAGUGUGACCCGCCCUCUUACACAGCUGGACUCAGGAAGCAAAAACUAAAACAGAUUGAGCAGGAGCUUGAAAAGAAGGUUGAUGAUAUUGAAGGUGAAAUCUGUGGAUAUCAGGAUGAGAUUGAAGUAGAACUGGAAAGCUGUAGGCCCAAACCCAGGGGAAUGUAUGCAUCCUAUAGCAAAGAAGAUGAUGUCAUUUCCUUGGCAUCCUCAAGUGUCCUUGCUGGUGAUAGUGAAGGGGAGGAUGAAGAGCUGAGGGCAGCAGCUUCUCACCUGUGUGAAUCUGUAUUUGUUGAAGGGGAGGAUGGAGGCGGUAAUGAGCAGCAGCGAGAUGGAGACAAAGUCUCUCCAUCCAAACGGCCGUCAUUAGCGGUAUUGCUUGGGACAAUGCCCACUGCGGCCAGUCUGGGCCUGUCCGAGUCCAUCACCAAAAUGGGAGAGGAGAAAGAGAAUGAUGUGGAGAUGGAAAACGGUGAGCUAGACCUGAGUGGUAUCGAUGAUGACGAGAUUGAUCGGUAUAUCCUGAAUGAGAAGGAAGUUAAGGUGAAAACUCAGCUGUGGAUGAUUCAAAAUGCAGAUUACCUCAAAGAACAAAAAGAAAAGGAAGAAAGGAUAGCAAAGGAAAAGGAGCAGGGUAUAUAUAAGGAGCGGAAGCCUAAAAAGCCAGCACGGAGGCGUGAGCCUAUCAAUGCCAGCACUGCAGACGAGGCCAUCGAAAAGAUGUUAGAGCAAAAACGCAUCUCAACGAAAAUAAACUACGAUGUCCUGAAAGACUUGAAUAAAGCAAGCCCCAAAAGUCCCACCCAUCAGCCUGAAGAAGCUUCCACUAAGGCCAAAAGAACCCCCCUGACCUGCCAGCGGAAACCCCAACUGCUUUCACCCAAGAAGGGCACACAUAUCAGCAGCUUUGGCAAGAGGUUACAGCCCCUGAUAAGUGCACAGCCCUCUAAGAAGUUGGCCCUUGAUCAGAAAGGGUCAGACGCCCCAGUGGCCACCCCUGCUGCUCCUACCCAGAAUGCUGUUGUUGUAGAGAGUGGACCAGUGGCAUACGAAGACCCUGCGGAUGAGGAAGAUGACGAUGAGGAGGAAGAACACUGUGUCAGUGCCGUGCAAUUAAUGGGCACCAGUGAUUACGGCUUUGAGGUAGAUGAUGAUGACGGGUUCUAAAUCCAGGGUGUCUGUGGGUGCACCAUUGGACACACUAAAGCCUAUCCUGCUUAUUAUCCCCCCCUCAAAAAAAAAAACCACCAUGCUGUGUGUAUUUGCACAGUGCUUGUAUUUGCAAGAUGUAGGGACUUCACACUACAGUGGGAUGGAGAACAAACUACAACUAAAAGAGAACAAACUACAUGAAUCAAAGCCCUGAAAGCCUUGUGCAGUUAUGUCACACACACUCAGCCAUUGUUAAUCAUCCCUAAGUGCAUGCAUAUACUGUACAACUCACAACACAAACAGAAGAGUAAGAGUGUGUGUGUGUGUGUGUGAGAGAGUGAUGAUUCUCUCUAGAGUGUGUAUGCCUUCUAGUUAACUGCAUUACUGUGUGUUUUAGGCUAAUGAUUCUGGCACAUCUAAAGAGAUUAACCCACACAAGGUUUAGCCCUGUAUGGACAACUGUGUGCAUGUGCAUGUGCCUUCAACUAUUGCUGUAUACUGUUUGGAAUACUAUGAUGGUUUCAGGGCCAAAGUGUUAUUUUUGCAACCAGAUGUACCUCUAUGCGCUCAGUAUUCAGUUUGGAGUGGAUAAUGGGUUUAAAAGCUGAUUUGUUACAGUGUUAAAUUUUGCUCUGCUGCUUGGCCAUUUUUUUGUACCUUUUUUUAUUUUUACUACACAAUCACCUACUGGUCCUGUGGAUGUUCCAUUCCGGGAUACUAAAACGUAUUUAUUUUAAGCAGAAUGUUUCCAGGUGCUGUCAUUUGUUUAGCAUAUAAUCUUUUUUUCUGGUUUACUAUGGAAAUGUUGAAUUUAAAUUAGUACUUGAAGGAAAUAAAUUUCAGAUAAAAGCUGUUGAAAUGUUAUUGGCCUGAAUUUAACAUGUUAAAUAUUUUGAAUGUUUACAAAAUGCAAUCUCAUUUUUUUUCAUAGAUCAAGGAAAUGCAAUGUUUGUUUUGAAAUGUGUUGAUGUCAGAUAAAUGGUAAUUGAUAAUUGUGUAUUGGUAUAGGUUUGUUAAUGAGGAAGAAAAAAUUGUUUUAAUAUGACAGGACACUCAGUAUCAGAAAAUCUUGCUUUUGGCUUCUUUGAAAAAAAAUAUUGUGCCUGCCUAUUAUGUGUGUUUUUAUUUUUCACUUUAUUUAUAGUUUCAUCUUUCCCUGGCUAAGAAAAUUCAUAGAAUGUAUAUUUUUCCUUCUGAUAGAAUAAGAUUUAAAGUGUAAGUUUCUUCUGUCAGGCAAAACCUAACAAAUGCAAAUGAUACGAUUUAAUAUAAGAUAGCGCAGAGCUCUACAUAAGAGGUCAAGAAGGUUAUUUCUGCUUGCAUUAUAAAGAUCUUUUAGUGUUUAGUAUGUGUUUGUGACAGCAGAGACGCACUAUGAGCUUUACCCAUCUCAGUCAAAUUUUUUACAUCUCAGGAUUUCAAAAACUGGAAAGUUCACAAUUAUAUAUUUGUUUUAAACUUUAAUCACGUCUUGCUUUCUAGAUCAUUAAUUGGUGUCAUUCGAAGCAGAUUGGUGUGGUCCUGCUGUAGUAAGGAUGACAAAUAAAGCAUAACAGAGCAUUAGGCUCAAAGCACUGCUCAGUAGACCUAAACAAUAUUUAUGGAACAAAGAAAUAAACCGUAAUCAUAAUG